GUGGUGGGGGAAGGUACAGCUGGCGCGUCGAUGGCGCAUUUUUGAUCGAUUUGAUUGCGCGUUUUAAUCGUAUUGUAAUCGUUUUAAUUAAAUCAUGCAUACGAUGUGCAAUAAAAAAAUUCUUCGUUGUAGAUCCUAAAACGUUGUUGGCUAAAGCGAGCUCUUCUUGGGUGUUGAAAAAUUUGUUGAAAAUAAAUUUGACUGUGAAGUGAGCUUUUGAAUAAAAGAGGAGCAAAGAGGGGAAUUUGACAGGAAACAGCUGUUCUCAGGAAAGAGGAAUUAUACGCGUUUGGCGGGUAAUUUAAAUGUCAAACAAGCAUGACUGCCACGUGUGACAGUUCAUAAUCUCUCUCUAAUAAUUUUAUAAAAAUAUUAUAAAAUAUUAUGAAAUUAGAAAAAAAAUGUGCUGUGUAAUUGUAUCAUUAUUACGUAUUUCACGAUCUACAUUAAAUAAAGUUUACUCAAGUUGGAAUUAAUAAUCAGCGAGAAUUGUGAACGACAGUAUUUUGUGCUAUUUUAUCAAGAUGAGUAGGAGAAGUUUGAUUCCAAAAGUGGAACGUUUAGUUUCCGAUGCUAGAAUAGCAAUGCAAGCUUUAAACGGCGUGUUUGCUGUUUAUAAACCAUCAGAAGUUACGUAUUACAACACGCGAGACAGUAUAAUUCAGCGUCUCUGUGAAGACUUGAAUAGUAUGCAUGUACGUCCACCAAUUCGACAUGUGUGCAUAGAGGGUGAUACAACAAAGAAGAUGAAAGUUAUUACACACCCAAGCUACGCGGAUCAUCCAUUAGUAGUAGGACCACGAUAUCAACCUAAAGAUUUCAAAUUAUCGUGUGCUAAUUAUCUGCACACUCACACAUCAGGACUUAUGAUCUGUGGUAUUAAUGAUGGUAACAAGAUGAUUCAUAAAUUGAAAGAUUCUAAGCCUCCGACCAGUUACAAGGUUAAAGGCAUCUUGGGACAAGCAACAGAUAAUUAUUAUAAAACUGGAAAGAUCGUCGAGAAGUCUACAUAUAAAUUUAUUAGACGCAAUAAUAUCGAUCAAAUAUGUGCUUCAAUGCAAGCUGCUCAUCAAAGAAAGAUGUUUGAACUCUGUGGAUUAGAUAUGCAAAGUCAAGCUGCAUACAAGUUGGCUGCACAAGGUUUAGUGAGACCAGCAGAUGACAAUAUUCCUAUGAUAUAUAAUAUAAAAUGUGUAGACUUUACAUCUCCUGAGUUCACAUUAGAAAUUGUGGCCAUAAACGAAAACGAGAUGUAUUUGAAAACUUUGGUUCAUGAUUUAGGAAUGCAGCUUCACAGUGUCGCUACAUGUACUCAAAUACUAUGUUUUCGGUAUGCAUUGUUCAAACUAGAUCUUGCCCUAUUACAAAAACAUUGGGAAUUACAAAACAUUUUAGACAACAUUGAGCAAUGCCAAAAUAUACUUGAUCAAAAUAGAUCUUUAUUGAAACAAGAGAGUCCAAUAUUGGCAAAACAAGAUAAUUAAAAUUUAUUUCAGACUGUAAACUCAAAUAUAAAAAAUAAAU